CUCGUGUUUUUCUCGCCGCCAUCGCGAUACCUCUUGCCUCGGUAGCUGACGGGUCUUUACGUAGCUCUUGCUUCGAGGCCGGUUUCGGUGAGUGCUUUUGGUCGGAGAGCGGUCGGGCUCUUGUGGGAGCGGUGGUUGCUGGGAUCACUUAGACAAUGGCAUCAGAUGAAGGAAAGCUCUUCAUUGGAGGACUCAGUUUUGACACCAAUGAACAAAAUUUGGAGCAGUUGUUCUCACCAUAUGGUGACAUUGCAGAAGUGGUGGUGGUGAAAGACAGAGAGACCCAGCGGUCCAGGGGAUUUGGUUUUAUUACCUAUUGUCGUCCUGAAGAUGCCAAGGAUGCUAUGCGAGCCAUGAAUGGAGAGUCUGUGGAUGGGCGCCAGAUCAGAGUUGACCAGGCUGGAAAGUCCUCCCGUGGCUCUUCUGGAGGCAGAGGGCGUGGACGUGGAUUUUCUAGAGGAGGCGGUGGAUAUGGAGGAGGCCGUUACGACAACAGAAGCGGUGGCUAUGGUGGAUCCAGAGACUAUUAUGGCAGCAGGAAUCAGGGAGGCUAUGGGGACCGUUACUCUGGAAGCUCCUACAGAGACAAUUAUGAUAAUUAGGUGGAAGGGGCACCUCUGGAUCCUGGAAGAGAGUUUACCUCAAGGCUGGAGUUGAAAACAGACUUUCUCUUUGGGUACCUCUCUGGAGCUUCUUUCUUGUGCGUAUGUUGAUGUGGUCAUUCACAGACUUGAAUAUUAGAGGUUCAAGUCAGCCAAUGUAAUAGGUUUUGGGGAGGGGAGUACUAAUUCCAUAAGUUACUAUAUGUAGCCACGCAAAGCCCUUCUCAGCCAAGGCAGGCUAUGGGCCUUUGGUUAUGUUGAUCUAAUAGAGUUAAUUGAUUAAGCAACAAAGAAGGCAUCCUGCCUAAUAAGGCUUGUGAAAUUUGGAAUAUAAUUUUUUAAGGUGGGACACUCAGUCUUUACUAAAAUACUUGCUGUGGUUUCUAAAAGGUUUUCCUUCAAAAAUCUAAUUUUGCUUUUUGUAGAGAUCAUCAAAGCAAAUGUGAGGGUUGUGAUAAAAAGUAUUUCUCCCAUUUUCAAGCAAAAAAUGAUAAUGAAAUCUUUUGCCACAGCAUCAGCUCUCAAAUAAUUGCUCCCAAUUCAUCCUCCUAAGAGGUACUCUACAGUCCCAUCCCAUCCCUUUCAAAUACCACUCGUUGGAAUGACCCAUGGAAGAAAGAGUGAUAAUAGCUUACCCACUGCUGCCGCUUUUAGGCCAAGUUUUGUGUCCUGUGGCUUUAUAUACGCUGAGUGGGUUGUACACGGCCUGCAGCCCCCAGCACCACCCCAGAUAACUCUGGAAAUUCAGACAAGCAAAAGCUUAGCGCUACCUUUAUUUUAAAUAUCCACAAAAACACACAAAAUAGGAUAAAUAUCUCUGCCCCCACACCCCUCAGGGAUAAUGCCAUACCACCUGUAGCCCUCAAAGAUUUUUUUUAAAGGACAGCCCCCAGCAACAACAAAAAUCCCUGCCUGCCUUACAUUCCAUUGCAUUUUUUUUCCUGCAAUGUCUGCUAAGGUGGUUUUACCCUGAUCCUGUAAAUUCUUGACCAGAAGCCAUCGUACUGUUUGCAUCCAAGUGAUCACCCCACAAAGCAAAAGAGGAAAUACCCUAAUACCAAGAACUACUUUUUAAAAAUAGUAACAGUUCCCCUCUUCCGCUUCACAAGUAUUGGAUAAAUGGCUAAAGUAGGAAUUCCUAAGAGUAUUUUUCCAUAUUCUUAUUUUGGGAGUAAGAAUUUCAUUGAAAAUGAUGGGGCAUUAGUUGAUCUGCUAGCCAUAGGCUGUUCUAUAGGCCUCACUAGUAGGCUUUUAAAAAAUUAGAAUUGUAUCAUCUGGAAAAAUAGGAUCAGCAAACAUAGAAGACAGAUUAAGUUUUUUAUCUUUCUGGCAAUAAAAUCCCUUAAGCUGGAGUUGCUUGAAGCAGGGAAGUAGUUUCCCAUUGGCACCAGAAGGAUGUAACGCAUGUGUAUGAUGGGGAAAUUCUUCAGGGUGGAAGCAGGAAAGGUACAGGUUAUGUUCCCUCUAUAUUGCCAUUCUGGUUUCUUUAAUUAUCAGUUACCCAACUAAGGUAAUUACAUUUUUUUUUCAGUUGUGGGAAACUGCCUUUUUUAGGUUAGAUGCAAAGGUGUUCUUAAUCACAAGUGUAGUUUAAUUCUGAGUCUAGAUUGUGAUUUUGUUUACAGCCUGCUGAGAAUUAUUUUAUGAUGCACGUUUAUCUAAAUGAAACAGGACAAAAUAAAUGGUAAUUACAGGCCAGUCAGGAAAAUGGAACCUGGAAGGGUAACUUCUGAGGAACAGAGAAAGUCUGCUGAAUGUCUCUUGUAGCUUUGAAAUCUACAUUGAAGAAUGACAUUUGAAUCUCUACUAAUUGGCUGCAGGGAGGCCAGUUUGGUGUAAUUGUGUUCUCUCUUCCAAAGGUGCGUGAAAGCUUCAGGACAAAAGUAUUAUACUUCCUUUCUUUGUCUUUCAGAAUGAGCCGGCGGGAGAUCCCAAGAGGGGCUACUGUCACAAAAAUCAUUAAGGAUUAUAUACUCAUAGUGUCUAAAUUACAAGAAAUAGUGCUCUAUCCUGCAUUGGUCUGACCCCAGUCCAAGUAGUGAGCCCAGUUCUGGACAUGGAAGCAGAAACCAAGCCUUAGGGACGCUGAGGGAGCCGGGUAGCUUUAGCCCAUUUUGUAGGGGGUAUUAUAGCACCUUUCAAAUACCUGGAGGGGUAUCAUGCAGAAGACCAAGAGCUGCAUUCCAUUGUCCAGAGUACAGGAAAUAAAAUAAUGGCCUUAAAUUGUAGAAAACAGAUUAUGAUUGAAUGUUUGCGGGGGGCAGGGACAGGAGCAAUUUAACAAUGGAAUCCAGAGGUGAUUCCUCUUUGCUGGAUCCUGGCACGCAGUAGCAGACAGUCACCUGUCUGGGAUGCUUUAAUGCAGUUUCCCACCCUGACUGAAAGGUUGAAUUUAAAGGCCUAAAUCGUCCCUUUCAGCUUUAUGAUUCUAUGAAUUAAUUCUAAAGAAAUCUGAUUUCAGGAUAAAGACUUGCAUUAUAUCAUUGCUAAUUUAUAAUCAAAGUUGGGCUCAGUGGUGCUGAGGCAAGAAAAUACAUUUAUAUCAAAACUGUUUUUUCUUCAUCACCUACAGGUGGUGGCAAAGCAAGAUUGAGCAUAAGGCAGCGGGUGGGAAGCAGAGAUUAUAUAAAUUUUUUUACAGUGUCCUCAAAAUAAUUUUGAGCAUUAAGACCAGAUCUUAAAAGUGUUGCAAGGAUAUUUAUUUUUCAAUAAAUUUCUUCUAGAAGUCA